AUGAAAUGUUUUGUGAACAAGAUUAAUACUGAUGCUGCAAUCUCAACACAAUCGAUCAGAACUGGUAAAGGAAUAGUGGCUAGAAACUGGAAAGGAGAGGUGCUGAAAGCUUGGGCCAUAAUGGAGGAGAAGUUGGGGGAACCAGAAAUUGAGGAAGCUGCAGCAAUUAGAGCUGCAAUGCAAUUGGGAAAGGCAGCAGGCUGGAGAAGAAUCGAAGUACAAUCAGACUGCAAGAAUGUGAUAGACUGUAUCUUAACCGUCUCAUGCAACAACAGCAACUGUGCUGUGAUACUGGAGGACAUACAACAACUGAGGGAGUUUUUUGAGCAAUGCAACUUCUCUUUUAUACAUAGGGAAGGGAAUGAAGUGUGUCAUAGGCUAGCAAAGUUUGCCUUGAAGCUAGUUAAUGAUGUAUAUUGGGAAUCAUGUUUCCCUGGCUGGAUUAAAGAUCUAGCAAGAAUAGAUUAUGAGAGCAAUGAGCUCCUUUUGUAA